CUAAGGACGUGGCAACCACCUUCAAAUACCUUUUUCCGGCAACUAGUUGUUAAGUCACAUAAUAUAGAGAAACCUUCAACGUUCUUCAACUUAGCUUCUUAAUAAAAACCAUAUAGUUCAUAUUAAUUUGUCACAUAAUACAAGAACCAUAUCAUAUCAUAUCAUAUAUGAUUAUUACUUCAAAAACAAAAUGAGUUUAGAGCAAAAAACCAAAAACCUCUUCCAUAUUUUUGCAUCUUCAAUAACACCUAGAGAAAUUUUCUACUUCUUCACACAUACACUUCUAGGCCUCUUUUUACCUCUUUCAUUUCUUCUCCUAGCUAAACUCUCACAAAUUCAAUACUAUCUUCAACGUAUUAAUUUUUUGCAUCAACAAUAUUAUUUUUCAUCACCACAAAAAUUUUCCUAUGUUAUAACACUAGCCCUUCAAAUCAAUCCUUUUAUUCUCUAUUUUAUUGUGUUUAUUAUAAGCAUAGCUUCAUUAAUUCACGCCUUAACCGACAAGAUUAUAAAUUUGAGUAACUCAUCGACAUCAUCAUGUUCGAGCACAAGCAACAUUGUUCAAUCUCGUAUCUACAUUGCAUGGAUUGUUCUUUGUGUUUUUCAAGUUUGUGUUGGUUUAGGAAUUGAAGGAAGCAUUUUGGUUGGUUUAUAUGAUUCCGAAUCAUCGAAUUUUGGUGUUGAAAGGAGUUUCUUGAGUAGAGUUGUUUUUUUAUUGGGAUUGCAUGAAACAACAAGAGUUUGGUGUUUAAUGGUGGUGAAGCCUGUGGUGGAUGAUACUGUUUUUGGGGGUGUUAAUAGAAAAGAAAGAUGGGUUGAGAAAUUGGGUGUGACUAUGUGCUUAGGAGGUUUAUGGUGGUGGAAAUUGAGAGAUGAUGUUGAGAAUUUGGUUGUUAUGAGUGAGGCAAAGAAAGAUCAAUUGAUGGAUAUUGGAAUUAAUGAUUUUGUUGGGUGGUUGCUAUAUUAUUUGAUUGUAACAAUUGGAAUGGUAAAGGUUGUAAAGGGUCUUAUGUGGUUCAUGGCAAUGAUUUGUCCUUGUAGAAGGGAAAUUGGGAAUUCCAUGGUGGAAUCUAGUGAGAAUGAUGACAAAGUAUGAUAAAGUGUAAAUCAAUUUUCUUUUUUCCUUUUUAAAUUUUAUAUACUCCGUAGACAACUGCAUAACAUAUCUUACAAAUUGGCUACGACUGCAAUGGAGAAUCAAGCUUCAAUGGUUUGAUUGUAUAUUUUAUUUUAUUUUUUUCUCUGAUUUAUUUUCCCCUCACUUCCCAAUUUUUUAAUUAUCUUCAUCUGGCUAGAGAUAUUCUCAUA